UUAAAAACGGUGGUGCCGCUGUCUUAAUCCUCCCUCGUUCUCUCUCCUCCAGGUGGCUCCACCACUUCCCCCACCUAAAUUACUACUUAAUUUUCUCUCUCUCCUCAUCAAAUUGAAUCUUCACGUUUCAGUUUUCCCCGCCAUUCUUCUCUCUCCUCGCCAUUUUCUCAGUGAGGAGCUACAGAGAGCCAUGGAAGAUCACACCCCGAAAAACCCUAGCACGACUUGCGUUGUCAUCGGCGGCCAAUCCUUCGUUGGCCGAUUCCUUGUCUUCCGACUUUUGCAACUCGGUAAUUGGAUCGUCCGAAUUGCCGAUUCUUCGCCGAGUCUUCACAUUGAGCAGAAUUCUCUCCUUUCUGACGCUGUUUCUGAUGGUCGUGCUUCGCAUUUUCAAGUUGAUGUGCGUGAUCAGUCUCAGCUUGUUCGAGCUGUUGAUGGUUCAUCUGUUGUUUUCGUUGCUGAAACCAUUGGUGCAUCUCAAUGUAAUCUUUACGAAAGCUACAAGUUCGUCGUUCAAGGUGCCAAGAAUGUCAUCAAUGCUUGCGGAGAGUGUAAAGUUAAACGACUUAUAUACAACAGUUUUGCGGAUGUCGUUUUUGAUGGUUCCCAUCAUAUUAGAAAAGGGGAUGAAUCUAUGCCCUAUCCAUGGAAAUACACAGACAUGUUAACAGAGAUGAAGGCUCAAGCAGAAGCACUUGUUUUGAACGCAAACAAUCACGAUGGUCUAAUGACAUGUGUUCUGCGUCCCAGCAAUGUCUUUGGACCAUCAGAUACACAUCUUGUGCAUGGUAUUGUGAAUCAAGCAAAUUCUUUUUGGGCAAAGUUUGUUUUAGGCAGUGGUGACAAUCUGUCUGACUUCACCUAUGUUGAGAAUGUGGCUCAUGCUCAUAUCUGUGCUGCAGAAGCUCUUAUUUCUCAAAAUGUUUCUGUAGCUGGCAAGGCAUUUUUUAUCACAAAUCUUGAGCCAAGGAACUAUUGGGAGUUUUUGUCUCGGUUAUAUGAAGGCUUGGGAUAUCAAAGGCCAAGUAUUCGAGUUCCUCCCAAAGUUGUCAAUUUCGUGCUUCCGUUGAUGAGGUGGACACGUUACAAAUUGGAAUCUGAAACUGAAGUCAAAGGCCUAUUAGUGUCAGCUCAGUUUGUUAUUGAAUCAUCACUGUUUACCAGAACUUUCAACUGCUCUGCAGCUGCAGAGCACAUCAAAUACUCACCUGUUAUUCCUUUAGAAGAAGGUAUUGCUUUGACUGUCAAGUCAUUUUCUCAUUUGGCUAAAAGCUCGAUACCCUCUAAAGAACAUCUGUUUAGGGAUUUUUCAAAAGCAGAAGAGAUUCUGGGAUAUGGGAAAGUUGCUGACAUAUUGCUCUGGAGGGACGAGAUGGAAACAUUUACCUGUUUUCUUAUUACGUGUGGUUUGUUCUACUGGUUUUUUCUUAGUGGACGGACAUUCAUCUCAUCUACUGCAUGGCUCCUGUUGCUGGCCACAUUUGCUCUCAUUUUAAAUAGCAUUCUUCCAGUUAACAUCUUCCAGAAGAUAGCUUUUCCUCGUUUAGCGAUCUCAGAGCCAACAGUGAGAAGUAUGCUUGACAAUGUAGCAUUUGUCUGGAAUGAAGGGGUUCAAUUUGCUAAAACGUUGGCACAAGGAGAUGAUUGGAGCUUAUUCUUAAAGACAGCAAUUCUUCUGUGCCUUGUUAAGUGGAUCUCUCUUUCACCGACCUUGUUAUUAGGAGCAGUGCUGGUGUUUGCAUUCACAUCAUUCUUUAUCUAUGAGCAAUAUGAAGAUGAACUUGAUCGACUUUUUAGCGUGGUUGCUAUUGUUGCAAAGAGUUUAUUGACAUUGUUGCUAAGAAGUCUUCCACCAUCCAUUACCUCAUUCUUUUCUGCUGCUGAUGAUUCGGGUGAAGUACAGACACGACUUGCUGUAAAUGUGGGAUUCCUUUGAACCCUUGUGUUCGCUUACUAUAUGAUCUGCCGAUAUUUGAUCAUCAGAAGAGGCAAAGCUACGAUAAUCAUGAUAGCCAACCAGGUUUUCUCCAAACUUGACUUUGAGCAGUUGAUAGCGCGUGUUUGAAGGAUGUCUCUGAUUUGGCAGCCAUUACAAAUACUUUCACUCCACUUUCAGUGUGGUUAUACAUAAAUAAGUCUAAUUUGGGUGAUGUAUCCUUGUUGAUCGACAAAAUUGUGUGUAUUAAUUAGAUGGUGUAUAGCAGUGGUUUGUGCCAUCUGAUUAACAGAUUAAGAUUGAGAACUGUUUAGAUUACUGUGGAUUGUUUGUUGUAUAAUGCACUACUAUAUUGGAAGAAACUGAGAACUUUGUACAGUGA